AAAGGGCUGAUUUCCUGAGUACACAUUAAUCUGAGCUCCCUCAGCCCUAGGGGUAGGGGGAUUGGGGGCACAAGAUGGGUGGAGCCAGAUAGGGAAGAUUCCCCCAGUGUUGUCCUGCUCCCAGUCCAGGUUUGGGACAAUGCCGGCAGCGUUUCCCUGUGUCUUUCCCCCACAAAGUCUCCAAGUCUCUCCUCAAAUGAGCUCCAAGGCUUGGGAGAAACAAUCUCUUCCUCUGCCCGGGUUGCGUGGAUCUCCAGUGGAAAGGAAGAACCGGAACUAUGAUUUGUGCCUUCCUUAUUGCCUCCGAAAUAUUUUUAACUGCAGAGGUGUUGGAACAGGCGAUGUAUGUGAUCUAAAAUUCCAAAUAGUAAUGGAGAAAAAGGUUGUCUUUUCCAGUACUUCAUUAGGAAAUUGUUCGAUACUGCAUGACAUUGAAACAGCCAGCAUAUUAAUUAAUGUAUAUGACAGUCCAUCUCUGUAUGAUGAUGUGAAAGUGCAAUUUUUCUCUUUGAAUCUUCCUAAAUACUAUGACAAUUGUUCAUUUUUCUUCUGGUUCAACACAUCUUUUAUUCAAAAUAACAGGCUUUAUCUACCAAGAAAUGAAUUGGAUAAUCCACAUCAACAAAAAGCAUGGAAAAUUUAUCCACCAGAAUUUGCCGUGGAGAUACUUUUUGGCGAGAAAUGACUUCCAAUGACGUUGUAGCUGGAUCCGAUUAAGUAUAGUUUCCCCUUCCCCUUCUGGGAAAGAAUUAUGUUCUUUCCAACCCCUGCCAUGUACAUGUUCAUAUGUCCUAAGUCUUCCUUGGUGAUGUAUCUAUAUUUAUAUAUGCUUAUAUAUGUUCUUCAUAAAUCUAUUAAAUAUAUAUGGAUAAAA